AUGAACUCGUCUUUGACGACUUUCGUCAUCACUGUCUUAUUUUGCAACGUUUUUGGAAAUUUCGGCAAUUUCCACAUUGUUUAUUUGACCGCAACAAAGCCGGAUUUACGGAGCAAGUCUGGUGAGUUUGAGAUAAAUUUUUUUCGUAAGUCUUACAUUUGAAAAAAAAAAAUCAAUAUUCGAAAAUUUAAAAAUACAUUUCUGACAUAUCAUUUAAGCUCAAAAAUGCCAUUUUUUGCUGAAUUUGAUAUCAAAAUCUUCAAGUGAGUAGUUUUGCUUUUUCUUAAGGGCUUUUUAAUGAAAUCUAGAGACUACAGUAGCCUACAGUAUGCCUAAAAACUACAGUAUACCUAUAUGCCUCUAAUUUUUCAAUCUCAAAGCCAGAGUUUACGAUUUUGAGUUCAUUGUAAGGCAGUUUUCUUUCAAAAAUUACAAUUGAAAGAAUUUUUCCUGAAAACUACAGUACUUCUACCGUAAUCCUCAACAUUUUCAGCUUUCCUGCAAUGCAUCGUCUCCGCUUGCCACUCGAUUUGCCUGAUUUUCCAAAUUCCAAACGCCGUACUGUAUCUCAACGACAUCCAAAUCACCCGUCGACAGUGUUUCUUCAUGAUCUCCCCGUUUCUCAUCUCUCUCAAUUUUCAAUGCAUUGUCAUGCUGAUGAUGCUAGUCGAUAUAGCUGCAAUGAUCAUUUUUCCGUUUCGGUAAGUUUUGCUGGGAUCAUACUGAGAAAUAGCCUCGGAAAACUUGGUAUUAUUCGCUCCAUGGCGAAUUCUUUUUCAGAAGAAGACCUUCAGUGUGUAUAAUAAGCUUUUGGGGGAUAUUUUUAGAAGAAAGUUACUAAAAGCUCUCGAGUGCCUGCUUAAGUGAUUUGCGAUGAUCAUUUUUCCGUUUUAGGGAGUUUUUCGAGAGUCAUACUGAAAAAAAGCCUCAGACAACUUGGUAUUAUGCGCUCCAUGGCGAUUUUUUUGAAAGAGGACUUUUAGUGUUUAUAAUAAGUUUUUGGGUGAUAAUUCUAGAAAAACUUUGGAAAAAAAAAACUUUUAAGUGCCUGCUUAGUGAUCUGCGGUGAUCAUUUUUCCGUUUUAGGGAGUUUUUCGAGAGUCAUACUGGAAAAAUAGCCUCGGAAAAACUUGGUAUUAUGCGCUCCAUGGCGAUUUUUUUGAAAGAGGACUUUUUAGUGUUUAUAAUAAGCUUUUGAGGGGUAUUUUUAGAAGAACUUUGUAAAAAAAAAGUUCUCAAGUGUCUGCUUAAGUAAUCUGCGAUGAUCAUUUUUCCGUUUUAAUGAGUUUUUCGAGAAUCAUACUGAAAAAUAGUCUCGGACAACUUGGUAUUAUGCGCUUCAUGGCGAUUUUUUUUUUUCAGAACAAGACCUUCAGUGUUUAUAAUAAGCUUUUGAAUGAUAUUUUUAGAAGAAAGUUUCUAAAAGCUCUCAAGUGCCUACUUAAGUGAUCACUUGAUUUCAUCUUAUUCUUUGAGGGAAAAAUGUAAAAAAGUUCAAAAUUCAAAUCAUAUCAACUUAGAGUUUCAGUGAAAGAGCCUACCCUUUGAAAAUUGACCUUUCCCUUUUUUUAUAUGUUAAUUUCCAUUUUCAGCUAUCGAAAGUUAUCCAAUACCACUUUUCUAACCACCGCUUCUAUUGCACCGGCCGCCUUUACCAUUUAUUUCUAUACGAUUGGAUUUUUGGCGAUUGACGACGAAGUUCUGCCUUUCUGCACGGGACCCUUUGGUUAUUCGAUUUUAUUGAUACCUUUGAAAUAAUUUUCUAGAACCUUUACAUCUACGGAGAAAUAUUCUAAAUGAUUCCGCAAAGUUCAAAACAGCCGUCAAAGAGUGAAAAAGAUAACUAAAUCUUGGAGAGUUAGAGAUAGUUUUGAAUAUCGCGGAAACUUCUUUGAACAGGGCAAUGGGCAAUCAGAAAAUUCUCUUGAGUCAAAAGGAGCUGAAAAUUUUCUUUAAAAUCUUUUAAAAUGAUAAAGUCUUUGAGCUCCUUUUUUCAUAACCUCAUUUUUGGAUUUCGUGAAUCUUUUCAGUUGCUUUUUAGUACCUUUUUAUUGAGGGAACUGAAAUGAAAAAGGUCUCUUACCGGUUAGGGAUUCUUAGAAGGUCUUUUUAAAAAAAAAAAAGCCUUUCAGUAGCUUUCCCGUCUUGCCUUUUUGGGGGCCACUAGCAUGCUCCCCUAGAGUGGCUGUUAACUGAAACCCUAGGGUGGACACUUUUGAAAGCUCUAGUGCUUCUAUAGGGGGAGAUGAGAGGAAAGUAGUUAUCGCAACAAAAAAAAAAGAAACCUUUCUUUUAACAAGUCUAAUUUGCUAGUUGACAAUCUGAAUUUCCAGCCAUGCACCCGACUGUGAACAAAAUCUGGUUGCCGUCUUUGCUCACAGUCAACACCAUGAUAGUUGUUCUCUACUUUUUCGUUUUCGCCUUACUUUAUCAUGUCGGUGAGUUCCAUCAUCGUUUUGUUAUAGUCCGUCCGCCGCGACUUUCGCGUGUCUGCGUCUCUCUGUUCCCUCACCGGCGAGGUCAUAGAAACGCGAAAAUAGCGCGUCAACAAUAGAGGGUCGUCGAGAGACGAGGAGCGCGCAGAGAAGUCCCGGCCUGUCAAGUCGCGAAAAGCGAACUGUAUAGCCUAUUCCGCAGCAGCUUCUAACGAUUUUUAGUCUCUCAUAGCUUUAAAGAACCCUUCCAUUUGAUGCCCGCACCCUGUAUCUGUCCAUGCGCCUUUAAAAUAACCGAAAUUUGAAGUUAAAUUAAAGGCGCAUGCACGGAAACAUGCCGCACGCAUCGAAGAGAAGGCUUCUUCAGCUCGGACGGCGCAGAAUGGGCUCUAACUAUCUUAAUCAAAUGAUUUUUUUAAGGAAAAAAGCAAACUCUUCAAAAAGAGUGCCGCCGGGUCUCGAGAAGACUCAAAGUGAUCCUUUUCAUUUAUAUGGUAUCCUGGUACCUGAGUAUCUUCGGAGCCACUUUUUUAGCCCUUUUCUUCGAAGGCAGGGUUUUGGAUUUCUUGAGAGUCAAUAUGGUGAGUUAUUUUAAAUGGUAAAGAUGCUAAGUAAUUUUUCUUCGAAUCAAAUCUUUCAUUCUCAAAACAUUUAUAACGGUUUGAAUCCGUAUUUCUGGCUUUUUGAAGGUUUGACAUAAAAAAAUUUGCCUUUUUAGACUUGAGUCAGUAGAUUUUAGCAACUCAGAAGUUGUAUUUCUCGAUUUUGAUGAAAAUUUUGCCAAGAACCGAUUUUUCUUAGACAAAAAUGAGGAGACAUCAAAAUUUCGCGUUUUUAACCUGAUGAAAAAUUCUUCAUGAAAUUUCUAUAUCCCUUUUCGAAAUUCACUCAAGAGGUCACUUGACCGAGCAUCUUUUUUUAAAAAAUUUCGCAGUCUCAGUAGUUUUUUUUAAAAAGUUUGAUUUAAAAAUUUCACGUUUUUCACGUGGUCAUUCUUCCAAAGUUGCUGAAUCCACAGUUCUAUAGGUUUCUGAUAGUUUACAAAUGAUAGAAACUUGCGUUUUUAUAGUGAUCCAAAAGCUCCAGAACCAAGAUUUAAAACUCGAAAAUUUCAGUUUUUAAGAAAUUUAAGCAAAUGAGAAGCUUAUAAAUAAGCAGCGAAAGGAAGAAGCUUGAUAUUAUAAUUUUUUCUUUUGAAAUUUUUAUCCUAGUUGUCAUCGACAUAAUGCUAAGUGAUCUUUAAGUUUUCUAAUAUUUUUCACAGUAUUUUUGAUUUAUUCUUAAUAUUUUCAAAUCAAUAAAAACUUCAUUUUCUCACAAAAAGUCUCAUUUUUCCAAAUUACAGGCCUUCUUCAUGGAGUUGUGCUUCCUCCAGUCCUUCUACGUCAUCAUGUGGAGAUCCAAAGAGUAUCGCCUGGCGUUUUUCAGCCUUUAUCCUUGCUUUGAUAUGAACUACUUUUCUCCCGAAAGUACAUCCAGAGUUAUAGAGUCCAACAAGUCCAGCAGAAAACUCAUCGAUCCCGAAAUAGAAACAUUAUUUUAGGCAAACAACUACCAAUCAAGUAUUCCUCCCGAGAAACACUGUCGGACCGACCAUUAUCAGAUAG